GCGAUAGCGAGUUUCCCGAACACACCCGGAGGUGUAUAGUGUAUAAUUGUAUAUAUUGCAAAGUGCAUCCACUGCACGCUUCCUGUAUAUGCUACGAGGCUUUGCGGCUGCUGCACGAGGUUGUAUUCGUGUGAUGUCUACGGUCACGAUGAAAAAGCCGGAGGUGGUGUUCAUUCUGGGCGGCCCAGGUGCCGGCAAGGGCACGCUUUGCCAUUACAUCACCAAGCGUUACGGUUAUGUUCACCUAUCAGCCGGUGACUUGCUGCGCGAGGAGCGCGCGAAGCCCGGCUCGCAAUUCGGCGAACUCAUCGAGACGCAUAUCAGAAAUGGCACGAUCGUCCCCGUGGAGAUCACCUGUAGCCUCCUCGAUCGCGCGAUGCGGACGUCCGACAAUCCGCACAACCGCUUCCUCAUUGACGGCUUUCCGAGGAAUCAAGAUAACCUCGACGGCUGGAACAAGGCGAUGGCCGACAAGGUGAUCGUGAAAGCUGUGAUAUUCUGUGAGUGCAGUCAGGAGGUCUGUACGCAGCGUUGCCUGAAACGCGGCGCCAGUGGGAGCGGCCGAAGCGACGAUAACGAGCAGUCGUUGGUUUUACGUCACCAGACUUAUAUGCAGAAUACUUUACCAAUAAUCGAGCAGUAUGAACAGCAAGGUUUAGUUUAUAAAGUUAAUUCUAUGAAGACGCCUAAAGAGGUGUGUCAGGAUGUCGUAGAGUUCCUCCCUACAAUAGGGUGGUAAUUGAUAACGGUUCUAAGCGAAACAUCCUUGCCUGAAACAGUUUUUCUUAUUGUACUUAUGACGAUAGCAGCAAUUGAAUCUUAUCUUGCGGUAUAAGUAUUUUUAAGGGCACUAAUUGUUUUUCCUUGCCUUUUUUUAUAGGGUUUACCAUUUUACUUUCUUAGCCGGAAUUUUAUCUCGUCUGAUUUCAUUUAUUACUGGGUAUUACUGGAUAUCUCGGUUUAAUCUUGAUACACGUAUAUUGGAACUUAUACACUGAUUGAGAACAUUCCUUCGCAAAUGUACAAUAAUAUUAUUAUGCAAAUACCAAAACGCAGUAGAAAUGGUACGAUAACUGGAAAAUGCUGUAAAUAUCCUGUCGGAACUGUUAAUUACACGACUAGUGAUGUAAAUUCUUUGAUAUGAUGUAGGUUUGUAUAUUAGUAGAACGGUUGUUUCAGCGGCGUGUUACUAUUAUUGGAUUAUAUAUAUAUAUAUAAUAUAGUAUAUAUGUAAGUAAGAAUUUAACGAUCGUUAAGAAAAAAAUCGUAUAUUACUAGGGAAAAAGAUAAUCUGAGACAGAUGUAUCAUGAAUUUUUAAUUUACAUAUGAAUAUAUAUAUAUAUAUAUAUAUAUUCAUAAUUAAUAAAGAUUUUUCAUGCCAGA